AUGGCAAGUUUUCGAGAAGAAGGAGAAGAAGAAAUAGAAGAAAUAGAUUUAACAAGAGAAGAAGGAGAAGAAGAAAUAGAAGAAAUAGAAAGAAAAGAAGAAGAAGAAGAAGAACUCCCAUAUAACAUGCUCAUGUAUGUGUCUGAUUUGUGUGCAGUUACAGAUGAGGAGUUAAUGCAAAUUAUUAUUCCUGAUGAAGAAUUAGAUGGUAUGGGAGAAGAUGAAGUUAUGAAGAAGUUUGGAGAAGAAUGGAGUGAUGAGGAUUUAAAAACACCACAGAAUAAUAAUACACAACAAGACUUAGUAAUGCCUGCAAUAAAAGAAAAAGGAAAGGGGAAAGGAAAGGGAAAAAGAACCAGAAAAGAAUCAAAUAUAGAUAAAAUAGAUGAAGAUGAUAUUCCUUCAACUUCAACUGUAGCCAUUAGUAAUACGGGUAAUAGAUAUGCUGAAAAUGAUAGCGAUGACGAAUUAGAUGAGCUUAGCGUAUAG